AUGAUCAGAGGCAAAUAUCGCCGUCCAGUCCGCUUCCCCACGACCGCCCCAUAUAACAAAGAAUCUGCCCCAGGGACAGCAUCGGCAUCAUCAUCGGCAUCAUCAUCUCACGCCCGCCUCAGAACAACCAUAAGCAGGUUGCAUGGCCGUAGCGGCACUCAUAGGGACAACACCUUACAGCAACGACACAAGCAACCGCAGUUGAAAUCCGAUUCAUCCCCCCACACUACUCCUACUACCACCACUGCUACUACUGCCAUUGGGGAACCUUCAUCAAGCUCACCAGUGCACCCUCAUUCGCACGACAAGCGGAGUAAAAAGAAGAAGAAGAAGAAGAAGAAGAAAAAGAAUAACAUGGCUGCCCCACCAAGCCUCCCCGCUCAACCCCACUAUCAAAAGAGCAUUCCGGACCUAUUCACACAGCUACCCCUCAUCCGCGACCAGUUGGUUACGGAGACUUCGAAGACGCAGGAUGCCACGGUUGACCAGUGUCUCCCGUUCCUGAAGGGGCUGGCCAGUUCGCAGAAUGGCCCGUUCAAUCGAUUUGGUGUGCCAAGGCUGGACCGGGACGAGCAUGUUUCGUUCCUAUAUGACUCGCUCGAGUCUUAUCCGGAGCGUUUUGUUGGGCUUGAUUCAAGUCGUCCGUGGAUGGUCUAUUGGGCGUUGGCGGGAUUGCAUUUUUUGGGAGAAGAUGUUACGAAGUUUCGGGAGCGAGUCAUAGCUACUGCUGCCCCGAUGCAAAACCCCACAGGGGGUUUUGGCGGAGGGCACGGUCAGAUGUCGCAUUGCGCUUCUUCUUACGCACUUAUACUUUCUCUAGCCCUGGUGGGCGGGCAGGAUGCAUUUAAACUAGUCAAUCGGACAGCGAUGUGGCGAUGGCUGGGGAAAUUGAAGCAAGCAGAUGGUGGCUUUCAGGUAACCCUUGGCGGUGAGGAGGAUGUACGAGGUGCAUACUGUGCGAUGGUGAUAAUUGCAUUGCUGGAUCUUCCGCUCCAACUCCCUCCGGAUUCGCCCGCUAGACAUGCUGGCCUAGACACCUUCAUAAGCGGGCUGCCAGAAUAUUUGUCUAGAUGUCAAACCUUCGAAGGUGGCAUUUCUGGAAGUCCGGGGACGGAAGCACACGGUGCAUAUGCAUUUUGUGCUUUGGCAUGUCUAUGCAUUCUUGGCGACCCUAAGGAGAUGAUCAAUAGAUAUAUGGAUCUUCCGCUCUUGAUAUCAUGGCUCUCAGCUAGACAGUGUGCCCCUGAAGGUGGGUUCGCGGGAAGGACUAACAAACUGGUCGAUGGAUGUUACAGCCACUGGGUUGGCGGUUGCUGGCCCUUGAUCCAAGCCGCAGUCAAUGGCAUCCAGUCUACAUCCACCCCGUCAUAUUCAAGAUCUGGCAGUCUUUUCCACCGCGAAGGAUUGACGCGAUAUAUCCUCAGUUGUUGUCAAGGGCCCCAUGGCGGACUACGAGAUAAACCAGGCAAAAACCCCGAUUCCUACCAUACCUGUUAUAUCCUCUCUGGAUUAAGCACCGCCCAGCACCACCACUUCAAUACAGGCGUUGCAUCGGUGACAGGACCCGACAAUCCUUUUCCGUCCGCAUUUUCCUGGUCGCAUGCACCUGUAACCGCUUCAACGGAACACGACCAGUCUACUAUCGUUUUUGAUGAAGGAGAUCGACUAGAAGUGGUCCAUCCUCUCUUCGUGAUCCCGCAUCGUGCAGCGGAGAAUAUGCGGGAAUGGUGUGAGAAGUAUCCUCUCCAAAUUUGA